ACGGUCCGAAAACUGCCCGAGUAGGCAACUUCCGUGUGCACAGUGAAUAACACUUUUCUUUCUCCAUCGUCAGCGCGUGUGGUGUGAUCGUUGUGUUCAGUCAAGUGCUCCGCGAACUAUCUAAUAAAUUUAAGUAAGUGUCUUCAUUAUCAUCACACACCCGCUCACCAAUUCACCAUCGCGCACAGCACCGCCUCAAGCCGACAAAAGCAAUAGAGAUAAUAACCCCGCGUGUGCAUUGGGAGACAAAAGAAAUUCACAAUUGCAAUAUUGUAACCAACAAAGCAAACAGCUCAGAGAUCUAGUAGUGAGGCAGAGAGAGAGAGCAAGGGAGAGAAAAAGAAGUGGUCAAGAAAAAAGAAGAAUAUAGAGGAAACCACAGGGCAGCAGAGACACGACAGACAUUUGUUGUGUUUGUAGACUGGAACCUAGUGGUAGCAGGCCGAGCGCGCGAGUGACAGUUUUAAAUUUUCGUUUUAAUUUAUCUUUAUCUAAACCAUUUAACACACCAUCCCCAUUUGUGAUUGGAUAGAUCUCGGAUCCCGGCGACUUCAUUUUUGCGGAAAACCAGUAACUAAAUCAGUUAACGAACACGUAUUUGCACACGACGACCAAAAAAGCAAGAGCCACGUCGUCGUCGUCGCCUUCGUCCUCGUCGUCAGGGGAACAGAGAAAUUGAAAGUUUGAUUUUCGUGGUUGAAGAAAACACGGUAAUUUGUUGUAUGAGUCAGAAAGCCGAAAGACCAGUACUAUCAGGUCAACGCAUUAAGACCAGGAAAAGGGAUGAAAGAGAGAAGAAUGACCCCACGGGAUUCCGUGACGCGGUCAUUGCAGGUCUCGAAGCAGCUGAAGAUCUAGAGCAAAUUUACAAGUACCUUGACAGCGCUGGUAAUAAACUCGACUAUCGUCGCUACGGUGAAGUUUUAUUCGAUAUCUUAAUUGCUGGUGGAUUACUCGUUCCCGGAGGAUCUAUCUCGCAGGAUGGCGAGAAACCACGUACCGAUCGCUGUAUAUUCGCAGCAUCGGAAGACAUGGAAUCGAUGCGGAACCAUGAGCAGAUCUUUAUACGGCUUAUGCGUCGAUACAAGUAUCUCGAGAAAAUGUUUGAGGAGGAAAUGAAGAAAAUUUUGAUCUUCAUCAAGGGUUUUACACCACUCGAACGGAUCAAGCUCGCUCGCAUGACGGCUCUGUGGAUGGCCAAUGGUUCCAUUCCGCCGCAAGUGCUGAACGUGCUGAACAACGAACAUCUGACGAAGGACGGGCUAGCGCUGGAGUUUCUGCUGGAGGUGUUCAUCACCUUCAAGCAGGAGAAGGGCGGCAAUGCGCCGUUGGUGGCGGCUCUGCGCAAGGGCGGUCUCGACACCCGUCUGAUGGAUUUUCUGCCCAUGAACAAGCGCAGCGAGGACUACCUCAAGACGGUGCUUGUCGAGAAGGAUCUGGCCGAAAUUUUCAAGCUCCACAUGGCUCAGGCGAGUCAGGAAGCGAAACGGGAACUGACGCAGCUGCUAGUUGAUGAUAUUAACGAUAACAAGACAAUUAAGGAUAUUAUCGCCGACGCGAAGGAAAUGUCGACGAAAUCAAACAUUCCCGAGCAUGAAGUAGUUGGUCUCAUUUGGUCCACCGUUAUGUCGCUAGCCGAAUGGAACAAGAAGGAGGAGCUGGUCGCGGAGCAGGCACUGAAACAUUUGCGCACCUACACGCCGCUGUUCGAAGCGUUCACCACCACGGACCGAUCGGAGAUGGUACUGCUGCUGAAGGUGCAAGAGUUUUGCUACGAAAACAUGAACUUUAUGAAAGCUUUUUCGAAGAUCGUUUUGCUUUUCUACAAAACCGAAGUCAUCACGGAAGAUUCGAUCCUGAAGUGGUACAAGGAAGGCCAUUCUAACAAGGGAAAAAUGCACUUCCUGGAACAGAUGAAAAAAUUCAUUGAGUGGUUGCAAAACGCUGAGGAAGAAAGUGAAUCGGAGGAAGACUAAAUCGUAAUCAUCCUGUUUCUCGUCUCGUGUGUGUGGAUACUCUUCUUCCGCGUAACAACAGCGCACCCCCGGUCAACAGCAGAAAAAGCCACAACCACCACACCACCAUCCAUCUCAACACUGCUGCGCUGCUGGGUCGCGUCUUUCUAUUAUAAACCACACACCACCUAUUCUAUUCAAUCGUGCGCGCGCUGCUACUACAAACAGCACAACAUAUUCUCAUUUUACCCGUUACUUUUAUUAGAACAAUGGAAUAUAGAACGAAGAAAGGGUGAGAAUCCCUUAUCCCCCCGCAGUGUGUGUGUGUGUGGAAACACUCGAGAGAACGGAUGAUAAAUAUAAAAACAAUACAAUGGUUGAAAGGGACAUUUUA